ACCGUAUUUAAGAGCACUCUAAGAAAUAGUUGUAAGAUGUGAAGAUAUGUGUUCACAUCUGAAAUGUGUCUGUAGGUUAAAAAAAAGACGUUUCAGAUGAGAAGAAUAAGUAAAAACUCCAGAAUCCAAACUGCAGCUCCACUAGAGGUCAGCAAAUGGUAGCAAGUAAAUACUGUGCUCUUCCUCCCUGCUUUUCUCUCUCUCUGGAGAAGUUUAUAGUGUGUAAACAUGAUCCUGCACUGGAACACUGUGUCCUGGGUAUUGAGUAACUCGCCAACCCUUGCCCCCAUGCACUCCGUGUGUGGGUGUGGGAAACUCAAGUGUGUGGGCAACUCAAGUGUGUUACUGUCCACCUUCCACUCCCCUGUGUGUUUUCCAAGUGUCCGGAUGCAUCGAUCUGUCAGCUCCACCUGACAUAUGACUAGCCAUGGUGAUGACCUCAUAUCCUCCCCCUUCCUUUCCUUUCUCUCCCUUCCCUUCCUUUCUCUCCCUUCCCUUGUCCUCCCAUCAGUCUCACACAGACUAACUGUGUCUAAACAGUCACGCUGUCACUAGCUGGAAUGUCACACUGACACAAAAACAGAGGGAGGGACUGAGACAGAGGGGGGGAGAGAGACUGAGUACAACAAACUGAAAGCAGCAGAGAACUAAAGUGGAAGGAGUCGGAUUGUCUGAAAAUCGACUGAGUGGGGGAAAAAAUCAGAAGAAACUGAAGUACAAGGAGGAGAAAGACAGUGAAGGAGUCAUCAAAACAGCGAGAGGAAUAGAGCUAGAGAGUAGUACUGCUGUUCUCAGACACCGAGAUAAACGAGACAAAACAGUGGUGAGGAUUUCACUAAACCACAGUGACGUACGUAGUCUAAGGACGGAGAUGAUCGGUUUGACCACAGUUCUAUCAAGCUUAUUUAUUGUGUCUGAUGGGCAGCAGCAGUAGCAGCAGCAGGCUGUUUGGUACCCUGGCCCAGACCCUGAACAGUGCUCCACUGGCCCAGCAGGACUACGACCCAGAGCACCAGGACUCAGACCAGGACCCGGAGGGCCUGGAGCAGGCCGACCCAGACCAGCUGCUCAAGGAGUGCGAGGAGAUCCUCCAGAACCGGCCGGCCCGUCCACACCGGGACCUGGUCUACCCUGCAGACCCAAAACACCAGCACCAAUACAGGAACAAUGAGCAGCAGCAAACGCCAUCCAUACGGGUCAUGACAUGGAACAUCCUAGCUCAAGCUCUAGGGGAGGGUAAGGAUGGCUUUGUGCAAUGUCCUCUGGAUGCUCUGAACUGGGCUGAGAGGAAGUACCUGAUCCUGGAAGAGAUCCUCACCUACCGCCCUGACAUCCUGUGUCUCCAGGAAGUGGACCACUACUACGACACCUUCCAGCCCAUCUUGGCCAGCCUGGGCUACCACAGCACAUUCCUGCCCAAGCCCUGGUCCCCCUGCCUGGACGUGGCCAGCAACAACGGCCCUGACGGCUGUGCGCUCUUCUACCGCCGCGCCCGCUUCAGCCUCCUCCACACCUCCCACCUGCGCCUCUCUGCCAUGAUGCUGCCUACCAAUCAGGUGGCCAUCGUGCAGACGCUGCGUUGCCGGGAGACGGGCCAGAGGCUGUGCGUGGCCGUGACCCACCUGAAGGCAAGGAGCGGCUGGGAGAGGCUGAGGGGGGCCCAAGGGGCUGACCUGCUGCAGAGCCUAAAGGCUAUCACCUCGCGGGCGGCUGGGUCAGACCCAGCCAGUAGGGGACCUGGGGGAGGGAGUGGGACAGAGGGGGUGCCUCUGAUAGUGUGUGGGGACUUUAACGCUGAGCCCUCGGAGGACGUGUACAGGCGUUUUAUGUCCUCCCCCCUGGGUCUGGACUCCGCCUAUAAGCUGCUGAGUGCAGACGGGCAGACGGAGCCGGCCUACACUACCUGGAAGAUCCGUCCCUCAGGGGAGAGCUGCAGUACCCUGGACUACAUCUGGUACUCUCACGGUGCUUUCACUGUGGACACCCUGCUGGACAUACCCACUGAGGAACAGAUAGGACCUGACCGCCUGCCCUCAUACCACUACCCCUCCGACCACCUCUCACUGCUCUGUGAUGUCAGCUUCAGGGAGCCCAGGGACCAACCUCAUAGGCUGAUGUAGGUUGCCUAUCAGAGGCAUCGGCCAAUAGGGUCCCAGUUCAGGACAAUGCAGGAAGAAUCAACUGGAUCAAACAACGUGUGGGAGUGUGAUACUGGAGAAGUGAAUGCUUAUUUUACUUGACCUGGUGCUGAAAUUUGAUUCUGCAGACUUGACACCAGAGAGUAGUUAUUUAUUUAUUUUUUAAACCAGUACUUGUUUUCUGUCAAGUGAGAUAUUAUCCCUCAUGAUCGUUUUUCUUCAUAUGAGGUGUAUAACGGGUUUUAAAGGAACUGGAGAAUAGGAUCAUAUCAAUACUGUAACUGCUAUUAUUUUCAGUGCUGUGGCAGCAAGAAUGCCAAUGAGCAUGUCAAAAUAAAAUACUUAGACAUUCUGA